UAUUUUGAGUAUUUUGACGUUUGCUGUCCAAAAUUUUACGUAGAAAUAUAUAUUUACUCCUCCGAUCCGAUUAAAAUACAAAAACACAUAUUAAAAAUGUUUCGAUCAGCUAAUAAAAUAGCCCGAAUAAGCUCCAACUACUGUUUCAGGAAGAGUUUAUUGUAUUCUACUCAAAAUGUUGCAAAGGCGGUGUCUAAUGGUGAAGGAAUUUCGAUAAGUGAUACCUGUGUGCAGCAACUAAAAAAAUUAUGUAAAGAUGAUAAAAAUUCAUUUCUACGACUUGCCGUAGAGAGCGGAGGAUGUUCGGGAUUCCAGUACAAAUUUGAUUUGGAUGAUAAAAUCGUGGAAGAUGAUAGAGUAUUUCAGCGCGACGGUGUCAAAGUUGUGGUGGAUGAAACUUCACUGGAGUACAUUAAGGGUGCUCAGAUCGACUAUCAUACAGAACUGAUACGCUCAGCAUUCAGGGUAGUCCAGAAUCCAAAUGCUGAUUUAGGGUGUUCUUGUGGAGCUAGUUUUUCAAUAAAAAUAGAUUAAAUUAUG